UGGAGAAAUCCUAUCAUGUGACCCACACUUUCUGAAUGUUUGUACCAGCCGAGAUAGGAUUCACAGCCAUGACGAUUAAAUGUUUUCACAUCUUUCUACGGAUGAUUAUAAUUGUUUCAGGUGUUAAGUCCUGUGACGUAGCAGAAGAAGGAGCCCCAUUUCAACUGACAUACACCACGUCAUCCCUCCCCACUGACAGUACGAUGCUGUCAUGGCUGAAAGAUGACGUCAUGUACGCCGACUGUCCCGUGGACACCGGCGACUGCAGCAUUGUGGAUUACAGCUGGUUCAGUGCCAACGUUGACAAACAUAACAGCAGUAUCGAUUUCAACGUUAACAUUCACAGUGUGUCUCGACUGGUGUCGCAUAAUGCUAAGGGAAGUUGGCUGUUAAAGACACACAGUUCAAGUCCUGUUGCUCAAGUAUUGUAUAUGUGUUCUUUACAAGUUUAUGCUAAACCGGAACAGGUACUUUGUCGUACCACCUGGUCGACAGAUGAGGCUACAAUCAAGUGUUGGACAAACAAAAUUUAUCCUGAGGCCAUGAUGAUGGUGAGAAGACAUGGAGAACAACCCAACAUCAUCUCCUGCGAUAACACUAGAACUUUGGACGACCCGGUUUACUUUAAAGCUGAAUGUACAGCAAAAAUACCAACCAACGACCUCAACUUUAAACGAAAUGACAUGGAUGUUUACAUUUAUCCAAAUACGAUUGGAUCUCACAGCGAUAUAGGAGUUGAUGUUAGCAUUUCAAUAGAUAUAGGUUACAUCAAAUGCCAAAUUGAACUACACAGAAGCAUCAGCCCGAUUAUAAUUGCUUUAGCAGCUGUAACGUCAAUAUCAACUACAGCUGCCAUUAUUUUAUUGAUACUAUGUUGCCUAAAAGGCAAACGACGAGGUCAUUCGUGCCCAUGUUUAAGAAAGCACCCUACACGAAGUGAAGAAAAACAUGAGAUGAAGGAAAUGACAGUUCUUAUUAAUGAACGAAAUCGAGAAAAUCAUGGCAAAUUGGAAUUUCAGGGGCCUGUGGCUCCUUCAAAGGCGGAGGAGUAA